AUGGACUUGCUCGACGGGCUCGACGACGACGGCGAUGGAGACGUCGACAACCCAGUCGAGAUUGAGAGGCGCACCGCCUCAAUUCUCCACCCAACGCAGCCGGAUCAAAGCGACCAAGCGCCAACUGCGGUCGCUCCAGAGGUCACUGAAGGCGCCAAGAGAAAAAUAAGAAAGGAACGAAAAUCUAGGUCAAAAAGCAGAUCCCGUCAAAAAGCUGAGCUCGCUGUCCAGCCCCAAGAAGGACUUCCUAUCGAUGUGGACCGAACAAUUUCAAUCGCAAGCACUGUUGCUUCAGAGCGAUCCUCGCGGCCCAGACGAAAGCGAAGCAAGGAUCCAGAAGCAGAAGCGCGUCGUCUUCAGCGAGAGGAAAAAUACAGAGAAGCUGGCUUGACGGACAAGGAAAUUCUUGAAAAAGAAGCGGAAAGGCGAAAACGAGCGCGGAGCAAGUCGCGAAAGCGGAAGGAGGAGCAAAUUAUGGCGGUGGCACUUGAGCGCUCCGAAACUGUCGGAGAAAAUGACGAAGAGCGGCGAGGGCGAAAAGACACGGAGCGACAGAAAAGGAGGGAGAAACGAGAACGCUCGCGAAAUCGAAACAAGGAGCAAGCCCAGCUCGAGCCCGCGUCGGAAAUUCUUGAGGAUUCUCAGCCCGUGACUACUACCGAACCAGCGGUGGAGGAAAACAAUAAUGAAAUAAACACAGAGCCCAAAAACAAAGAAGAAACUGAAGAAAUAGAAGCCCCUCCACCAGCACCUGCUCCAAGGAGUGUUCUUAACGUAACGCCGACUGAAGAAGCUGUCAAUAAUAAUGAGCCCGAAAUUGCUCAGCAGCCAGAAAUUAAUCAAGAUGUUCAAGAAGUUUCCGAGGAGGUGGAACAAAAAGAAGUGAUUUCAGAAGAGCCAGUAAACGAAACUGAAGUGCUGACAAAUGGAAAUCCUGACGAAAUGAAAACUGAAAUUCCAAGUGCUCCUGGUUCUCAAGAGCAAGCAGCUCAACUAAAUGAAGAGCCAGAGGGAGAAAAACCAGCUGAACAAAAUGUAGAAGAAAAUGAAUCAGCACCGACUGAAAUUGAAGAAAAAUCAGAAAAGGCGCCAGAAGAACAAGUUGCUGUCGAAGCAGUUCUGCCUCCAGCGCCACCGCCGCCGCUACCACCUGGAGUAGAAGCCGCUCCAGUUGCUGCUCAAGGUGCUCCUCCUCCACCACCGCCACCUCCUGGUGCGCCAGUGCCACUCACAGCCCAGGAGCCAGCUGCUACUGAAAAAACGAUAACGGAAGCAGUAGCCGAAGAAGGUGCAAUUGACGAGGACCCAACAGCUACGAUUGACCCGUCGAAUCUCGAUGGAGAGGAAAAGAGCUUUGCUUCUGAUCAAGAAGUGACCACUGGUUUGGAUCCGGACACUUACGCCGAUGCUGACGGACUCUCGGUCUCUGAAGCGCUGACUUCGAGGCUCAACGACGAAGUGAACCGCGUCUUUUCCGACAAAUUCUCUGUCCCUUCCAUGUCACGUGCUUCUUCAAUCUUAUCGCUGGCGAUCGAAGACCCUCAGCCAGAAGGGCAAGAGCGCAAGAAACGCUUUGGCCUUUUCGGAAAGAAAGAACGCGGCUCAUCGAAAAAGAAGGAACGCCCGAGUCGACUGGCAGAGAUUUACUUCGCAGUUCGGAAAGGAAUUGGCGAUUACAUUUCCAUCAACACUGCCGAAUUAAAUGUCCUCCAAACACAGCGGCUCAAUCAGGAAAAUCCAUCAAACGAGCUUAUUGAAACUUGCUCGAGUUUGCAGCAUUUGCUCGUCCGUCUUCAAGAGCACCAGGAAGAAAUAGACACUCUUUACGAGUCGUACACGGAGAUCGACAGGGACUGGCGCGAGGAGAAAAUCAAGCAGCCUUCUUCUGCGAUGCUUCAACACGAGCAAGACAUGAGCAGUUACUUGGGCGAGUUUUCGGUCAAGAUGAAGGGCUUGCUCGGUUUCUCAAGACUCAAAGCUGGGGAUCAAUAUGAAGUGACGCUCCGAUACGGAAAAGGACAAAAGUGGAAGUCGCAAGGAAAAGUCGAAAAGGAUGGACUCAACUUGAAACAAUCCUGGACAGAGACAGACACUGUUUUCAGGCCGACUGUGGGCGAGUUCAUCGCGAUCAAAGUCACCGAAGCGCGCAAGAUUGGCAAGGGCGUCGUCGUCGGCAAUGUGUCGUGCGAGACGAAAGAUCUCUUCAAUUCGGACAUGCAGCAGCUCGAUGUUGAGCUGAACGAAAUGGGUUCGCUCAAGUUGUCGAUCAUGGUCCACUGGAAGCCCUUUGUGGGCGAGGAUAUUAAGCCAAUUGGCUCGGCGAUGCUGUCUGAAAUGGCGGCGAACAUGACGGGCGGGUUGGAUAUUCCACCGUCGAUUCGAGACAGCGAUCAGAUUUCGCUGGCGCCCACUAUGACUCCGUCGGAAAUGUCAACAAUGCGCGCGCCUUCAAUUGUGGCGACGGAAGUGGCGGCCACCUCAAUCGCGGCGACAUCGGCAAUCGAGAUUCCGGACAUUGCCGACUCAGUCCGCGAUAAUGACACUCUCGUCAAGGGAUCCUAA